UCUGCCUUGUUGGGGUGAGAGGGUAGGGAGCGCAAAAGAAGGUGGUAGUGAGAGGCCCACAGUAUUACUGUUGCGGAUUUAUUGGGCUGGUUUUCAGCAGUGUGCCUUCCUCCUAGUGUGUCUUCUAGUUCGCAAAGGUAGGACAAGUAGGAACUACAUUACCCAGACUUCCUUGUAACUGGGGUUCGGCCAGCAAAACUGGCUCAGUGAAAGAGACUGACUCAGAAGAUUUUGGAGGCAGAAGUAAGGCAGAGCUUUCAACUGUUGUUUCUGGCAAGCUCUUCCUGUUAAUCUUUCACUUUCUCGCCCUCUUUUCUCCUUCUCCCUCUUCAACCUUCCAGUAGCCAAUCAUUAAUUCCAUGAGUAUAAAUAGCAAGGGAGUGUGUAGGAGAGGUAGUGUCAGGGGACUCCUGACUUUGUGUUGCAUGCAUUACUGUUGUAGAUGCUUGGGGUCUCAGUGGCAGUGACAUUCUUCUUGACUGAUUGGUUGGGUAGCUUUUGGUAGGCCUCUGUCCACUAUCUCCUGAUGCGGCUGGUUCUUCCUUUCUCUUACCUUUCUAAUGGUACCUCACCCAGCUCACCCACUUAAAGUAACCUCAGAGGCAAUCUUGAUUUUUCAGCCUUGUUAGUCUCCACAGCCUUCACCCCCCAGUCCUGUUGAGUAUAUAGCUAAUGCACACCCAACUCAGCUCCUGUCUUCACUGCUGACAUCCUGGCCUGAGACUUACAUUUUUUCUAAGCUCUCUUUUGAUUCCUGUUAUAGUUUCCCUUCUUCCAGUAUUUCUCCUUGGAAGUGCAAUCCUCAUACCCUCUGCAAAACUGACCCCACAAAACAGAUAAUGUACACUCUUGUUUAAAGCCCUUGAGAGGACUCUUACUGAGUAUAUGCAGUGUGGUCUGAGUCACCUCUCCUGUACCCCUGCUCCUUCACAAUGCUCUUUUCCUUUCUGACUCAGCUCUUCUUGCUUGUGCAAUUACUUAGUGCCUUUCCUGGUCUGAAGGUGCUGAGAACUGAAACACCCCCCCCACCCCAUGCAAUGUGUUUCCCUUAUCCUUGAAGGAUAUAUUGCCUGAAGCUACAUAGCAGGGAACAUCUAUUUGCUGGUUUCUCCAUAUAUACCUAAGAUAAAGUUUAUAAAGUAGCCAUAGUAAGAUGAAUAAUAGAUAACAGAACAAUGAAAAUGUGGCAUUGCACAUUUUUUUUUUUAAAAAAGGAUUGCUUGUUUCUGGAGUAUUUAAUAGUUCUGAAUUAUAGUUUAUGAAACCUUGGAUAUAGGAGGGCAUACUUAAUGGGGAAAGGGCUAGGCCUGGCAAUGAAAUUAGGGAUGUAUUCUGCCCUACCCUUCACAGUCAGCAACCUCUGGAGCUGAGGAUCUGUCCUCCAGAUCUCCAGCAGGCACCAGAUCUGACCUCAUCCUCAUUUCUUUGCCCAAUCCAUCUUUCUCAUGUCCACAUCUCUCUGCCCAUUUAAACCCUUUCUCUUGUGUGCCCAGAGCUGCCCACUGGGUAGCUGUCUUUACCUAGAAGAUUCCCUGAGUAAGGAAGCCAAGAGCCAGCCUAAACCUCACCUUCCCUCAGUGUGAACUAUGGAAAUUCUUUCCUUUGUGACACCUUUGCUUCCUAACACUGGUGCUUGGAGACCAAGAAGUCCUCUAAUUCUCUGCACCCCUGUUGUGUCUGGGAACAGUGUCUUGAUUCCAGCUCAUGUGGUUCCCCAGAGGCCAAGCAGAAGCUUCUGUGGUUAGUGCAGGAUUCCCAUAGCAGGAUUCCCACUCCAGCCCGGUGAAGUUCAGCUUGAUAGAAGACAUGUUCUUGGUAGAUUCUAUCUCCUUUCAGACUAUGGCUAUGAGAAGAGUAUCUCUCUAGCUUCCGCAGGCCAGGGACGGGAUGGGGGUGUCUGGAAUAUGUGGGGUCAGGUUUAAAAAGUUUCCAAGGAAUCUGGUAAACUCGGGUGCCCCCCUGUGGUUCUCAUUGGUAUAUAUCCGGUUUCCCUUCUGGUUGGAAGGUAAGCAGCGUGAAGAAAGCAUCCUUUGCAUUCCUAAGAGGAGUGUGCUGGUGACCUUCACAGCAGGGCCACACCAGAGCCAUAGAUAAUGAUCUGUAUCCUUUUUAGGGUUGUUCUGCUUUUGAUGCUUUCAAGGCCGUCUCACUGUGUAACCCUUGCUGGCUUGGAACUCACGAGGAAGACCAGGCCGGCUGUGAACUUACUGCAAUUCUCUUGUUUCUGGGUUAUAGAACCUGCACUUUGGUUGUUUUGUUUUUGAGACAGACAGGGUUUCCUGGUUCUGGCUGUCUUGGAACUCUUUGUAGACCAGGCUAGCCUCAAACUCAGAGACCUACCUGCCUCUGCCUCCUGAGUGCUCAGAUGAAAGCUGUGGUGCAUCACUGCACAAAUGUGUGUUUUUAACAAGAUUGGCACAGCAGAGGCAAAGACCACACAGAUUCCAGGUAGACCAGACACUCUAGAGCCUAAGUUCUUAAACUCUUGGUCACAGCCCCAUAGGGGAUCUUGAAACUGAACAUGGAGGGAAGGGGAACAGAAAAAUUGGCAAUUGUAAAAGGUCUCUGGAUAUGCAAAACUAAAAAUUAAUUCAAAACCAAAUGUACAAUGAAGCUAGGGGGAUUCUGGCAGUGUUCUCUGGUUGCUCUGUGAGACUGGCCAAGCCAGCUCAGUCAGUCAACAGGUUCUCCGGGGCAGGAGCAAGAAUUAAAAAGAAAACAAGACAAUCAGACAACACUGUAGCGUGACCCCAGCCAGUUCUGAGGCUGAGGGGUUUGUUUGUUUUCUAGUUUGCUUCUUUAGCACUUUAAGUGUAUGCAAGUAAUAAGGUCAGUUCUAGGUCAAGGAACUAGCAAGACAGUAAACAAAUAGUCAAGGAACAAGCAAGGCCAUAAACAAAGCCCUGUGAUCACUGUUUCCAAGGGCUUAACAGGAUGACCUAGCUAUCUGAGCCUACUUCCCUGUCAUAUUCUUGCCCGAAGCCUACUUCUUUGCUCUAGUCUAAAAUCAGAUUCCUGCCUGAGCUAACUUCCCUGACCUGGCCCAAUGUUAAAUUCCUGCCAAACUUCUCCAAAAGCUCUCCACUUGAGACUUCACUGCAGCCAGGGUUCUGAACAGGCAACAUGCUCACUGUUGCUGUGUGUACUGUCAAACCAUGCAAUGCCUGAAAGGCAUGCAUUAGUUCAGAUACAAGAUUAUUAUAUACCAUGAAUUGAUGUAUCUUUACUGUACACCAGGUUUUUCUGCUGCUAUGGAAACAUAAUGGCUUGAUAAUAGAAAAAACCCCAAUAUUUUUCUACAGUCAUUCCUCAGCACCUAUAAAAUUAGUAUAUCCUGGGUUGGGGAUUUAGCUCAGCGGUAGAGCACUUGCCUAGCAAGCACAAGGCCCUGGGUUCGGUCCCCAGCUCCGAAAAAAAGAAAAAAGAAAAAAAAUUAGUAUAUCCUUAGAUUAUAUUGUUAGAAUAUUUUAUUUUAAAAACUGCUCUUUGAGUUGCUCACUUGUUUCACAAAAGAUAUUACAGGUAUUUUGAACUUGGAAUUUGCAUUGGAUUUCUAACAGUUUCUGAUAUGACUCUAAACAUACUAGUGCCACUUUAUACUGUGUGUGUGUGUAUGUAUGUAUGUAUGUAUGUAUGUAUGUAUGUAUGUAUGUGGUUUGGGGGAAGAGGUCUUCUGUAUCAAAGACAUACCUUGGCAAAUACCUGUGUAGCCAAGGAUGACUUUGAACUUCCAAUCCUCCUGCCUCCACCUCCCAAGUGUUAGGAAUCCAGGUGUGGACUACCAUGUCCAGCUGUACUAUGUGUGAAGUGAAUUCUCAGCACUGAUGAUUAUAAAAUCAGAAUAGCAUUCAACUUUGAAAAACAUUAAAACCAGAGUUAUAUAAAUUUAUUAGCAUCUGCAAUUCCUGAAGGCAAGAUGGGACAUGGAGAGAGGAAAAUUUUGAAAAACUGCUUUUCCAUACUGUGUAUGUGGCUUAGCUUUGCCUGAGUUGGAAGACUCUGGUUCCCUUUCAGGAGCUCUCCAGACCACUCCUAACUUCAGUUUCUUUCCUUUUCAAUUAGUAGGUUGUGGGGACUGAUUAAUUAAUGAGGUUCCCAUGUCCUACACUAUCAAAUAUUCAGCCAUCAUGUAGUUAUUGUGUGAAAAUGAACAAGUGUACCCAUCUCAGCAUGUAAAUUUGCUUCUGUUUUUAUACUUUUGGUUAUGAGCCUAGCCGUUUAAUGGCUGAACCAUCCCUCCAGUCCUGCUUGUCAUUAAUAAAUGGCAGUGCAUACACCAAAGACCUUUUUUAAAAGUAAGUUUAUGAUUGGUUAUUAGUAAAUGCUUGAUAUGCAUAUUUGUUUUAUAUUCCUGAGCCCAAGUAAAAUUUCCCAGGUGAUAAGGAUUGAGAAGUGAAGACUCUGUGAUGCUCUGAAGACAAGAGGAGGGUGGUACCCCAUUCCAUAAUCCUAGCCAUUUCCUAAGCCAGUGCUCCCACAACUCCAUGGUUCUCUUUUAGUGUUUGGUCCAACUUGCUAAAAUCCUGGCAUCAAGGUUGGGGUGAUGAGCUGGACUAACACUCCUCCAUACCCCAGAGCUUUCAUGCUCAUUUUUCUGAGCUGUUAUGGUCUGCACCCAGCACCUACAGCAGAAGGCUUGAACAACAUGCAACCGAUACUCCUCAGUAGAAGAAAUGGGCUAAGUUAUAUACACACCCUUCAUAGGAUUGCUCCAGGAGAAUGGUCUGGUCCUCAGUUUUCCCCAACUAUUCUAAAUUGCUUCUUCAAGCCAUCUGGCUCUAAGGUGAAUUUCUCCAUGGAACAUGGCUUUUCCCAAAAGAGAUUCUCUUUCUGCAUAGUAUCUGCAUUCUGAUUAGGGCCUGAGAGAAGUUGCAUUACAGAACUGGGAAGAUGAGUCCAUGGCUAAUGGCUUUAGAUGCAAGCCUGAGGACUUGAGUUUAGAUCUCCAUAUUAAAGUAGCAUCUUCAAUCCCUGCAGGCAUGCUGGGAGUCAGAGGCAGGAGAAUUUCCAGAAGCUGCUUUUCAUGGGCAAGCUACUUUGACUUAUGGGAAGGUAAACAAGAGAUCCUGUCUCAGACAGGUUGGGAGUUGAGGAGGGAUACCUGAGGUUGGUCUCUGACUUCCACAGGUAUGCUUGUAAGUGUGAUACACACACACACACACACACACACACACACACACACACACACACACACACACCACUCUUGAACGAUUAAAAAAAAGUUGUGCUAACUAGGCAUGAUGGCACAUGUAUUAAAGACUAGCCCAUGAUACAUAAGACUCUGUCUCAAAAGAUCAAAACCCAACCAAUGAAACAAACAAAUAAAAACCCUGUUGAAUUAGCAAUCUAUCCAUGCCCCCUUAACAGUUCUGUGAUCUCAGGUAAGUUGCAAACAGAUGCGCUUAUGCCCACCCUGCCUUUGUCAAAGAGUAGGAUGUGACUGGUGAAACAGUACAUGCUAAGGACCAGCCUCUGCAUGGAGAGAAGGGGUUUCUGGGAGUGGUGAAAAGAAUGACUCAAAGUCAAAGUUUAGAUCCAAGCUGAUGACCUGUGUUGUGCUUGACACAGCUUUUCCAGUUUCCUUCUGUGUUCUACUUUCUCUCUAUUCUGCUUGCUUGCUAUUAAGAUCUCGAUCUCUCUCUCUCUCUCUCUCUCUCUCUCUCUCUCUCUCUCUCUCUCUCUGUGUCUGCAUCUGCAUGUGCACAUGUCUGUUCUCCAAGUAGUUCUCUUUUAUCCUAAAAAAUUAUCUGGGUAGCUCGCCUCCUGCAGAACAUAGGUUCAGUCUUUUAUUUUACAUAGCAAUCCAGUAAUUUACUCCAGGUUUCCUUUUGAUUAUCUUAUGAAUCAGCAUCCUGAGGGCCCAGCCCUUUGAUUCUUAGGAGACUUCAAGCAUACAUUUUUUUCUUAAUUUUGCAGAAGAAUUCAGAGAUCUGUCUACCUUUGUUAAGAACAGACAAUACGCUAGUUAUGUGGGACACUGCCCUGAUCACACCCGGGCCUAACCUUCCACUGUUCUAGGCUGACCUUGAACUCAGGAAUCUGCCUGCCUUUAUACUUUCUGACAAACUGGCACAUAGUUUAGCUGCCUUUGUUCUUUUAGAUUCAUGAAGCCCCUCAUAAUUCAUAUUGCAUCCUUAUAUUUUGCAUAGUUGAGAAAUUAUAUUUAUUUUGAACUCAUGUGUUUAGAGUUCUUUCCCAUAGACUUAAGAACUGUCCUAAAGGUCUUAGCAUUUACCAUUUUGCUGAGACAUUAGCCUCAUUAGCUAACACCUUCGCCUUCUAGACUCAUGUUCUCAGAUUAUCAUGGAGUCAUUAACAUUGACAGAGAGGACCUUCCUCAGAGGAAUGUGAAAAUGUAUACAUUAUUACCCAAACAAGCCUCACACCCACAGAGGCAUGCACACGUGUGGAGGCUCGCACCAGGGCCCUGACCCAGGGGCAGGAGCCAUGUCAUGUCACUCUGUCUCCAGCAGGGCCACAUCUUGACAAGUAUAGAAUUGGGAGUUCUGAAGCUCCUGUGGUUUAAGGCAAGUUCCACUCGAAACCCAAGUGUCUGUGGAACACUCGUGAGGAAGGAAGCCAACAGCGGAGAUGUACUUGGGGAGUAAAUCUUUUUCUAGAGAGGAUGUUCUUAUUUCUAGAUUCUUCACAGAGUUAUGUAUGGUAUGUGCUGUUGGCAUGCAGGAAAUACUUUCAAUGGGACUGGUACGUGAGUGCAUGCACAUGAGCGUGUGUGUGUGUGUGUGUGUGUGUACCUGUGUGCAUUCAUGUGUGUUUUAUCUGUACACAACCAGGCAUCUGGCUCAGCUUUGCCUGAGCUGAGAGUCUUGGGUUCUAGGCUGGUGACCUUAUAUGCCCUCCAGACCAUCUCUACCUUCAGUUUUCUCUUUUCAAUGAGUAGGUUAUGCUGAUUGACUCCAAAGGUCCUUCCAGCCCUGGAACACUCAGCAUCUGGCCUGAAUGUAGAGCCCUCGCUGCUGCUUUUCUUGAACAACUUGAUUUGGGGUCUCUUUGUUCCUAUGGCCCAGUCCUUCACACCAGCAUCUACAGAAGUGCAAAAUUUGGCUUCUUUUGGAAAUUGCAUGUUACUCACUGGAAAUGCAGGAAGGAAGCUUGAGGGUGAAGUGCACUCAAAAAAAAAAAAAAAAAAAAAAGAGGCACACAGAGCAAGAAACCACAGGGCCUAUCACCCUGUCGUCAUCAAGCAGACUAGAAUAGAGUAGAAAAACUCUAGGCAGAGAGGAAAUGAACUAGAGAGAAGGGGGAACAGGCCCAGAAGAGAGAGGAGAGAGGGCAGAAGCAAUGGCGGGCUGAGGCUGGGAUGGUCAGGAUGGGGGAGAUGGCCGUGAAGCAAGGCCUCCUGCAUCUCCAGCAGCAGCAGACCUUUGGCAAGAAGUGGCGCCGGUUCACAGCCGUGUUAUAUGGAGAGUCUGGCUGUGCCCUAGCCAGACUAGAGCUCCAGGAUGGCCCGGAGAAGACACGUCGAGGAGAGGCCACUCGGAAGGUUGUUCGCCUCAGUGACUGCUUACGGGUAGCAGAGGUAGGCAGUGAGGCCAGCAGUCCCCGGGACACCAGUGCCUUCAUCCUGGAGACCAAGGAGCGUCUGUACCUGCUGGCAGCCCCCUCAACAGAGCGCAGUGAUUGGAUACAGGCCAUCUGCCUGUUGGCUUUCCCGGGGCAGAGGAAAGAGUCACCAGGUCUGGAGGAAAAGAAUGGCAGUCCCUGCAUGGAGGAGAAUGAGUUGUAUAGCAGCUCUACUACAGGGGUCUGCAAGGAAUAUGCAGUGACCAUACGACCCACAGAAGCCAGUGAGCGCUGCCGGCUCCGAGGGUCCUAUACUCUCCGGACCGGGGUGAGUGCCCUGGAGCUGUGGGGUGGCCCUGAGCCAGGCACACAGCUAUAUGACUGGCCCUACAGGUUUCUGCGACGAUUUGGGCGUGACAAGGUGACUUUUUCCUUUGAGGCUGGCAGACGCUGUGUCUCUGGAGAGGGCAGCUUUGAGUUUGAAACACGACAAGGCAAUGAGAUCUUCCAAGCCCUAGAAAAGGCCAUUGCUGCCCAGAAGAAUGCCACCCCUUCUGGGCCUCCGACCCUGCCAGCCACAGGGUCCAUGAUGCCUACUGCGCUGCCUCGACCUGAAAGCCCCUAUUCCCGGCCCCACGACUCUCUGCCUUCUCCAUCCCCUGGCACACCGGUGCCUGGCAUAAGCAUCCAGGAGGAUCCUGUGGUCCCUCUACCUGACCAUAUAUAUGAUGAACCUGAGGGUGUGGCUGCCCUCUCCCUCUACGAGAGAUCACAGAAGCCCUCAGGGGAGACAUGGAGGGAGCAGGCCACUGCUGAUGGGGGUACCAACUCCCUCCAGCAAGACUCCUCUGUGUCUGGCUGGCCACAGGUAACUGAGUAUGACAAUGUCAUACUUAAAAAAGGCCCAAAGUAAGGGGAUGGCCAGGAGAUGGGAUAUGUGGCUCCCAAGGAGGUCUUUGGAAGAUGUGGAUGGGAAAUGGGGGACUUCUGGGAGAGUCCUUUUUUGGUUACUGUCCCUUCCUGGGCCCAACGUUUGCUGUGCCUUAUUUGUGUACUGUGUGAGUCACUAUCGUGGAGCAGGAAGAGGGCCCUGGAGGGACCCACCCUCCUCCUACACUUUUCCACUUCCUCCCACUGCCUUGGGUCUCAAGGGAACUGGGGCCAUUUCUCUUAAAGACAGAGGAUUUCCGCAGAUGUCCUGGCUCCUUGGUAUGUACAGGCCUUCUGCCUAUAGAUGUUCUGACCCUUGGACAACCCUGGCUUCAGGGUAACAAUAAGAGUGGCUGUUGUUCCCCCCCUGGCUUCCAGAGUUUUCUAGACAUUAAACCAAUUUUGAACUACUCCUUUGUGGCCUGAAUGCUGUGAGGUUGGAAGAAGCUGGGGCUGACCUGCUGAAUGCUUCUUCCCCUGGCUGUGAUGUCUUUCCUGGGCCUAUGCCAGGUCCUCAGCAUCUGUCUACAGAGUCAAGGCCCCGAAGGUCUGGGUCCCUAGGAAAAUGUUUAUCUUGAUCUGUUUUCUGUUGCUAUAACUGAAUACCAUAGUCUAGGUAUUUUAUGAAGAAGAAAGAUUUUAUUUUCAGCUCAUGGAUCUUCAGGCUGGGGAGUCCACAAACACAAAGUGUGCUUCUGGUGAGGGCCUUCUUGCGUGAUAGUACCACAGCGGACAUGGCAUGCCAAGAAGACAGUAAGCAUACAUGGAGAGAGGAAAGCUGUUCCCUAGAUAUUGCGCUAGUCCUCAAAUGACUUAAUUCAUCUACAAAAGCAGUACCCUCAUUGGCCAAUCCCAAAGGCUCCACCUCCAAAUCCAUGAGCAUAUAUAACUUUGGAGAUUUUUGUUUUCAACAUAUGACACGUCCAUUCAAAGCAUGAAAAACCUUCAAACGUCCACUUUUUUACUUUUUACGAGGACAGAAAAAUGGGAGUGGAUGUGUUGAUGCAGUUGAUGGCAAACCUGGAUUUUGAGAAAGACUUGGCCUUUAACAUAUUUUACAUUUAUUUACUUCUUCUGUGUGGGCAGGCAGGUGGGGCUUGUGCCACUUUUCUCGAGGAGGAUGAAGGACAACUUGCCGGAGUCAGCUCUCUCCUUCUCAUGAGCCCCAAGGUCUGUGUGACUUUUAUGCACUAAAAAUAAGACUUACAGGCUGGAGAGAUGACUCAGCGGUUAAGAACACUGACUGCUCUUCCAGAGGUUCUGAGUUCAAAUUCCAGCAACCAUGUGGUGGCUCACAACCAUUUGUAAUGAGAUCUGAUGCCUGUUUCGGGUAUGUCUGAAGACAGCAACAGUGUACUUAUAAUAAAAAAAUAGAUAAGUAAAUAAAUAAAUCUUUAAAAAAAAGAGAAAUAA